GAAAAGGGCAGGGACGAAAAAUCCUGUGACUGGUAUGACAUUUCUCGUAAAGGUGUGAAUAGAAGUUCCUCAGUCAACUGGCUCGCUAUCGCCAUCACUCCCACGUUUCUGGAUGGUCUGGGUCUCCGAGACGUUACUGCGUUUCACUUGGAAGGUCGUGUACCUCCCCUAUGCCUGUUAACAACAGGGGUCCAGUUCUGCAUGUGACAUCUUCCCAAAGAACACAGGUCCCCAGGAAUCCAGGUUGCCAUGGCUCCACAUCCAGCGGUCCAGGCUAUCAUCGACCUCUCUGCUGGUGCUAUGGGAGGCACGGCCUGUGUGUUCAGCGGCCAGCCCUUUGACACAGCCAAAGUGAAAAUGCAGACCUUCCCUACCAUGUACCGGGGCUUUCUGGACUGCUUUGUGUCUAUCUACCGGCAGGUUGGGCUGCGAGGCCUGUACCAGGGCACCACGCCUGCGCUUGUGGCCAAUAUCGCUGAAAAUUCGGUGCUCUUCAUGAGCUAUGGCUUCUGCCAGGAGGUGGUGCGCUUUGUCUGUGGGGCAGACAGGGGUGCUGUGCUCAGUGACGUACAGAAAGCAUGUGCAGGGUCUGUGGCAUCCAUCUUCUCCUCGAUGGUCCUGUGCCCCACAGAGCUGGUUAAGUGCCGCCUGCAGGCCAUGCAUGAGAUGGAGGAGUCUGGCAAGGUGGCCAAGGGGCAGAAUACUGUGUGGUCAGUUGUUAAGACGGUGCUUCGGAAGGAGGGUCCUCUGGGCUUCUACCAGGGCCUGACCACCACCAUCGUAAGGGAGGUCCCUGGCUACUUCUGCUUCUUCGGAGGCUACGAGCUCAGCCGCUCGGUGUUUGCUCAUUACAUGGGCAGAGACAAGGAGGACAUCGGGGUGGUGCCAGUCAUGUUCAGUGGGGGAUUUGGGGGUGCCUGCCUGUGGCUGAUGGUGUACCCCAUAGACUGUGUCAAGUCCAGGAUCCAGGUGCACUCCCUGGUCGGGCAGCAGCAGGGCUUCCUGAAAACCUUCAUGGGCGUUGUGCGCACUGAAGGGUUUGCAGCACUGUACUCGGGCCUUACUCCAACGAUGAUCCGCACAUUUCCUGCCAAUGGGGCACUCUUCCUGGCGUACGAGCUCAGCCGCAAGAUGAUGAUGCAGCAGUUCGACAGCUGAACUGAUCCUCUGCCUCUUCCAGGUCCUCCUCCCAAACUUCUCCCCAAGACUAGUUGCUUGUAACCCACAACCACUUUUAAGAAAUGCCAAGGCCAUGAUUUUAACUCAGUUUUAUUUUAUUUAUGAAUUGUUUAUACUGUCCCUUGUGUACUGUAAGGAGUGCACUCCUGUGUCCAGUCACUUUAACUUCCAUAUAAAAAGGUAAAAAAAAAAAAAAAAAAACAGUUUCUCUUUGGGCAUGUCGUUGGCAUGUCUGCUAAGCAAGUGUAGUGGAAAAAGAACAUGAGAACAUGUCCACUUCAUUUCCAAGUGUGAUAUGAUUUUUAGUGUUUACCAAGAAUGGAAUGUUGGAAGGGGGACAGUAUUUUGCUAAUUAUGGUAUUACUGUCAUUCAGGUAAAGGCAUAUGUGUUUCAGCACUUGUCACUCUGCAGUCAGAUUAAUUUACAUUCCAGUAAACAAUAUAAAAGAUAUUAUUUAUGAUGUGUUUUAUUCAGGGUAAAAUGGAAAGUCUUGUUUUAUUUUAGAACAUUUGACAUUCUUAUGCUGCCUG